CCACAGAUCUGGACUCAACAUUUGACUUUGCAUUGGAUCCUCCCCUUCUACUGUUGGUGUUGGUGACUUUGGGACUCACUAGGACGACAGUGGCUGCUGGGAUCCAAAGUCCUGAGAUGGAGCCAGUGAUCUGCAUUGCCAUCUCUAUUCUUUUGCUCUCUUCAGCUUGCCAGGACACAUUUUCAAAAGCGAUGGAAGUAGAAUCUACCAAUUUUUCCUGUUCUCAUCCUGAAUUCUGCUCUGAAGCAGCCACCUGUUGCCAGAUUGGUAUGGAUGGGUACGGUUGGAUUGCUGCAGCAGUUGGCUGGAGUCUCUGGUUUCUCACCCUUAUCAUCUUCUGCAUUGAUAAAAUGACGAAGCUCAGGCCUGAUGAAUCCAAAUAUUAGGAAGCACCAGGCUAAGGAAAACCAAUCCACACUUCUACUUCUUGAUGCCUUUCGCAAGGAAGUUGGAGGGAAAAAAUAACCCAGACUAUUCAACUGCGAAGUGUAGAAUAAGAAUUGGUGCGCUCUACCAAAACAAUCUAAGAAUGAAGCCCACAAAAAAGAUUUUAUAGUUUUAAUCCUGCUCUCAAUUUUGCAACAUUGGAGAACAGAACCACUGCUCUGGUUUGCAGAAAUAUUUGCAAUCAUAUGAAGCAAAAAUUUGCACUUUGGAUUCUUUUCUUCUUGUUAUGAAUUGAACAGCUAACACUGAAAGGACCAUUUAUCCUCUCUCUUAAGUGGCUUAAAAGUCAGCUAGCUCAGAAGUCCCCAACCUUUUGGGCACCAGGAACCGGUGCCAUGGAGAAAGGUUUUUCUGUGGACCAGAUGGGGUGUGGUUUUGACAACUGCCUUCAUGAUGGAGCUUUGCUUGUUUGUGCAGCCCACUUGCUGGCAAGCCGUGGACCGGUGCCGGUCCACGGACCGGGGGUUGAGGACCCAUGAGCUAGCUGACAUUUCCUCCUGCUAACACAGAUGAUGAUAAUUUGUCAGGGUCAUGACUUGAAUCAAAGCUUGUAGCUUUUCAAUUUUUAUUUUCUUUUUCCCUUUCUGAAUCUGAGCCAGGGAUGAUGUAAACUAGUCAGAGCUUGCUGGGGAACCCAAUGUUUUCCAUUCUGGGGAAUAGCAACACUGUAUAGCCAACACUGAAACAAGGUGCUUGCAAAACAACCAAAUUGUGUUUUUGUUCUCUUCCUCCUCGUUUCUCAAUGGCCAUACUGUGAAUGUUGUUUAAUAACCUUGGGUCUUUCCAUUAUGUUAUGAAAACUGUGGCAUGCACAAAAUAGUCCUGAAAAGCCAGGAAGGAUAUGUUUAAGAGUUGUCAUAUGUAAUAAAGAAUGAUUGUACUGUA